AGCACUUUAAGUUUUUAGCCAACCAUCAACAAACUCCAGGAAAAAGAAGAAAAAGAAGAUGGCGGCCUCCACGGCGUCACGUGAGCUCUUCACGGAGGGAGUCCGAGCGGUUCUUCAAACGUGGCCGGUUCUACAGAUCGCCGUGGACAAUGGGUUUGGAGGCGUGUACGGCCAGCAGAAAGCUGAUUGGAUGGUGGACGUAGUUCAGCAGUAUUUCCAUGACAACGCUGACCUGCAGCAGUACGAGGUCGAGGACUUCCUGUCGCAGCUGAUGGACCAGGAGUUCGACACCGUGGUGGAAGAUGGCAGCUUACCUCAAGUGUCUGUCCAUCUGCUGCAGCUCUUCGCUCAGUGGCAGCAGGGGGCGCUGCAGCAGCUCCGAAACGGCAUUCAGACACUGACUCACAGCAAGACGCCAAGGGCGAAGGUCGUGGCUCCGCCCACACAGUCAGACGAGGAAAGUGAGGGAGAAUCACAGGUGAUGGAGUGCGAGGAGUCCAGCCCAUCCGUCAGCACGAGACCUCCUCCUCAGGACGAAGAGGACGGCUGGACCGUGGUCCGGAGGAAGAAGUGACGAGCACAAUUAGAACUUUACAAACUGAAUUUUAACUGGACUUUAUUGGACUCUCUGAGCUGCUGCCACCCACUCCAGAUCGGCCUGUUCUGAUGGAUUAGCGGGUUCUUUAUUCAGAACAUUAAAAUGGUUCUUAUUCAACAGAACCAGUCAAUCAAUAAAAAAACAGUCCAUGAAA